CAUCCUUCCCUUCCUGUCUACCCCUACAUCCAUUUUCUAAUUAUAACUUCCCUUAAUUUUCACUUCUUGUCCCUGGCAUCAUGCAGCGGGUUUCUACCACCUCCGCCCUCCUACUUAUUCUUCCCUCGCUCUUAUUUCUCUCCUAUUUCCCCAACGUGGCCAAUGGGGACUGUUGGCUCAUUGAGGGAGACAAAGGCUAUGUGUGGCUGGCUAUAUGCAGUCAAAACCAGCCGCCAUACGAGACGAUCCCCCAGCACAUCAACAACACGGUCCACGACCUGAGACUGAAUGAGAAUAAGCUGAAAGCUGUGCUCUUCAGUUCCAUGUACCGCUUCACCAACUUGACUGACCUCAACCUCACCAAGAACGAUAUCAGCUACAUUGAGGAUGGGGCCUUCGCAGGACAAGCCAAUUUACAGGUUCUGCAGCUGGGCUACAACAAGUUGACAAACCUGACAGAGGGAAUGAUGAGAGGGCUCGGUCGUAUGCAGUGCCUCUUCCUGCAACACAACCUCAUCGAGGUUAUAGCCAGCAAUGCUUUCUGGGAGUGUCCCAGCCUUAGCAGCAUUGACCUGUCUUCGAACAAACUUGCCCGUAUCGACCCUGCCACAUUCACUGUUCUCAGUCGCCUAAUGGUAUGUGAACUGGCAGCAAAUCCUUUCCACUGCGGCUGUGAACUCUAUAGCUUUCUCACCUGGCUGGAGUUCUUCAACAAUGUCUCACACACCUAUGACCGCCUGCAGUGUGAGACUCCCCGUGAAAUGUUUGGCUACCCCUUACUGAGUCCUACCGCUGCUGGACAUGCUGGUAGAAAUGCCAAAAACAUUUUGUACCACCACUGUCGAGGUGGUGUGAUGAUUCCUGGGAUGACUUCUCUUCCGCCAGAUCUCGAGGGACCUUCUGGAUUAGGACCGGAGAUGUUUGGUGGUGUUGGGCCGUAUCAUCAGUCCACCACCUCUUCCUCAUCUACUGACGACAGCUUCAAUCCCACCAUCAAGCUCCAUAAUGUGACGUUGUCAUCAGCAUCUCUCCUUGUGAGAAUCCCAAAGCCCUUCAGCAAAAUGUAUAUCCUAACCCAGUACAAUCACACGUAUGUUUCUGAUGUGGUGAGUCUAAAGAAUAAGAAGGAGAUGAUCACGGUCGACAAGCUGAAGCCCCUCAAUGAUUACACAUUCUGUGUUGUAUCCAUUCGCAACUCUCGACGCUAUAACAACACCUGCCUCCAAUUUUCCACUCUGGGUCGCAAUAGUAAUGAUACGCACCCCACAUCUUCCACUACCACUCAUUAUAUCAUGACUAUUGUUGGCUGUCUGUUUGGUAUGCUAAUUAUUCUGGGCUUUGUCUAUUAUUGUCUGCGUAAAAAACGGAUGCACGAUGAGAAGAAAAAGUCCAUCUGUGUCAAGAAAACAAUACUGGAAAUGCGCUACGGGCCAGAGGUAGCAGCAGCAGUAGCCAAUGAUCCGUCAGUAGUGCAUAAGCUUCAGGAGCAGUCCAGGGAACACCACCAGUACCAGCAUCACCAUGGAGGAAAACUGCCCAUGUCGACAUCCUCAAGCUCGGGGAUGCUUCACUCAGCAAAUACCACCUCAUCAAGACUUUCCUCAAUUCCACAAGUUGAAAAGAUGGCUACUGCAUUUUCAGAAGCGAUGUCUGCAAACAAAGGGAACUAUAUGGACAUCAGAACUGGAGGGACUGGCAUGGACCGAAUGGGAGAUGGUGGUCAUGGAUUAAUCAGAGGGGACGAUUUGAGAGAUGAUGAUGGAACAGACAUUGGUGAUGAUUCUGAUGAUGAUGGGCAUGGUUCUGCAUCAGAGAUAUCGACUAUUGCCAUGGAGGUGGACAAGGUUAACCAAAUCAUCAACAACUGUAUUGAUGCGCUGAAAUUAGAUGCCGCAGCAGUUGCCGUGUCAGGGGCCUCGACCAACUCCCCCGCUUCUUCCAAUCCCACUUCUCCACCACCUACCAGCGCAUCCUCCCUCACCCGAGGCCUAAUCCCACUUUCCCCAGGAGUCACCGAGACAUGCCAGGUCAUGGGUCCCAACAAAAUACCCCCUCCUCCUCCACUCCCGGCCUUAAAUGCCCCUCUUUCCGAACGCCCAGGGAUCACUGGUGGUGGAUAUGUUGUGACUCCACCCUACAGGCCCCCUCCUCCAGCCAACGCUGUACGACCCAUUCAACGGCAAAUGAGUGCAGACGCAGCUGUAGUUAUUGUGAAUUCCGUCAAGAAACAAUGCAGCACCACGUCUUGUGGCUCCAUGGGUCGAGACAGGGAUCGUGGAGGUGCGAGGGUGUACAGCCUGGAUGUUCCUGAGCCAAGGAGCCCAGAUCCCUGUAAUCAGCAACAGCAUCAGUACCCAGACCGGGCCAGUCCUGUGGGCUGUGGGGAGCCGCUGGAAAGGCUGCCUCUGGUUGGGAGUGGGAACUGCGGUGGAGGGGGUGGUGGUGGUUGCGACAGUGGUGGUGUUGGUGCCCAUAUUCAGGACAACCAGAAGUCACAUCAUUACCAUCAACAACAGCAAAUACAGCAACAGCAGCAGCAGCAGCAGCAGCAGCAGCUGGAAGUGCAGCAGGACUACCACUGCUCGGAGCACCGCCACUCCGUCCCUGCUCUCUACUAUGAAGGGUCUCACCAGGGCUCCCCAGCCCAAAAAGUUUCCUUCCUGAAGCCCUUGACGCGCUCCCGCCGGGAUGCAGCAUCUUACUCCCAGCUUUCACCGGCUCGCCACCAUUCCAGUUACUCUGGCUAUUCCUCUAGCCCGGAGUACUCCUCAGAGAGCUCACUGCGGAUCUGGGAGCGAUUUCGGCCAUACCGGAAAGGCCAGCGUGACGAGGCCUGUUAUGUGACGGCUGGAAACGCCCUUCGAAAAAAGGUGCAGUUCGCCAAAGGCGAGGACCUGCAUGACAUCCUUGAUUAUUGGAAGGGCGUGUCAGCACAGCAGAAGCUCUGACUGGGGACCCAUAAAGCAUUGCGGUAAAACAGAUUCAGAUUCGUUGCAGUCUGUUGGGCCUUCAGGCCAGAGUAACAGUUCAAAGUUCAUGGGGA